AGACAAAUGAAGAGGCUGGAGAGAACGAGGGAGGACCAGUGAGAAAACCAGUGUGAAUCACAUCAUGACAAGCAGGGAGGCGUGGUGCAGAGGGUGGGGUUAAGCUCAGGCUUGGCACCAGUCCAAGCCCAUCUGUGCUCUAUAAGAGGAGCCCAGUCCUCCCAGCUUCACAGCCACUCGGGAAAACCUAUCUACCUACUGUGCCUGUCUUCUAAUAGUCUCAUCAGCCUCUAGCAAGAAAACAUGGGAAGACACAAGGUGUUUUUGGACAAACUGUCCCGGUCCUUCCAGGUCCGUAACCUGCUGCUUCGUCAGGCCAUGGCAGAGUGUCUUGGCACGCUCAUUCUUGUGAUGUUUGGCUGUGGUUCCGUGGCCCAGCUGGUGUUGAGCGGUGGUUCCCAUGGAAUGUUCCUCACUGUCAACUUUGCCUUUGGCUUUGCUGCCACCUUGGGCAUCCUGGUCUGUGGCCAGGUAUCAGGUGGCCAUCUGAACCCUGCAGUGACCUUUGCCCUGUGCCUGCUUGGAAGAGAGCGGUGGAGAAAGUUCCCCAUGUACUUCCUCUUUCAGACAAUCGGUGCUUUUUUUGGUUCUGCUAUAAUUUUUGCCAUGUACUACGAUGCCCUGUGGGACCAUCCUGGAAGUUUCAAUGUUACUGGGCCUAAUGCCACAGCUGGCAUCUUUGCUACCUACCCUGCAAAUCAUCUCACCAUUGUCAAUGGCUUCUUCGAUCAGUUAAUUGGCACAGCAGCGCUGAUAGUUUGUAUUCUGGCUAUUGUGGAUCCAUACAACAACCCCAUUCCCCAAGGGCUUGAGGCCUUCACUGUGGGAUUUGUGGUCCUGGUCAUUGGAUUGUCUAUGGGAUUUAACUCUGGCUAUGCUGUCAAUCCUGCCAGAGACCUCGGACCACGUCUUUUCACCGCUAUGGCAGGGUGGGGCAGCGAAGUUUUCACCGUUAGAAAUGGCUGGUUCCUGGUGCCCAUUUUUGCCCCAUUCCUUGGCACCAUCAUCGGUGUGAUAAUCUACCAACUGAUGGUUGGCUUCCAUGUGGAGGGAGAAGCACGUGACAAGAAGAGCAGAGCGCAGGAGAAUGUCCGACUCACCAAUGUCACUGCCAAUGACAACUCCAAAGAGGCUACCAAAGAAGUGCACUGAGUGUGUUUGAGACAUUCAGCUAUACACUCUAACACAUGCACAUUCUGUAAAUACCAACACACACCAGCAUUUUCCCUUCCAGCCACAUCUUCACAGCUGACAGGAUAUCUCCCACAAUGAUUGUAUUAUAAUUAUAUUGUAGAGGAACGAUUAUAUAGAGGAGAGAAAUGCAAUUUCAGAAAUGCAGAAUUACAUUAAUUCUUUAAAGAGAUGAACAUUUGGAUCUUAGUGUCUAUAAUGCUCCAGUUGGAACAGUAUUGUAUGCUUUAUACCAAUGUAGUUUUAUAUAGCUUUUUUAUAUAGUUUUACAUACUUAUAUACAAUAUAUAUAUAUAUAUAUAUAUUUAGACAAAUGUAUGUCUUUCCCAACCAAUUUCUAUGUAUUUUUUCAGUCCAGAACCCUUCACUGUUAACAUAUGAAUUCAAGAAAAUUGUCAGGAAAUUGGGAAAUUAAAAUUUCAAACUUCAACCUUAAAGUUAAAAUAUCUGUCAGGGAAUAUGUGCUUGAGAAGAAUAUUGUACAUUUUAAGUACAGUAAGUGAAAUGAUGCUAUCUAUAUAGACUAUGUCAACAUCAACUCUGUUGUUUAUAGAUGAGAGAUGGCGGUGAAGCUACAUCCUUCCCACAACAUUCUUCACUUUACCACUGCCAUCUGAGAGCAGCUAUAUUAAAGCUGCUGUCUUUUUAUAUACACUCUCUUUGCCCUGUAAAAGUCCAAACCAGCAAUUCUUAAACAAGCUGACAAUCACCAGCUAGAAAACAUCAUGAACUAAAUGUUAUCAGAAGCUAUUGUAGUGUGUGUUUCAUGCUUGAAAAUAUCAGAUGUGUUAACAAAUGAAAAUUAUCUUCUUCUGUGUACAGCACCAUAUUAACUAUCUGUCUUAAAACUGUUAUGUUCAUUUAUGCCUGUUGAUAUAUUUGUACCUUGUGUAUGACUCCCAUGGUUAGGUGUUAAGCUGGACUGUGAUCACCUUGAUAUUUUGUAUGUAGGUGGAUGGGAAAUGCCUUUGUACUGAUACAAUAAAGUUUUAUUUUUUAUCGUUGCAUGAACGUGGAUCAUGUUA